AUGCUCAACCGCCGCACCCAACAGACCGAUGCUCAUGAGAUCUGCCGCAGGGCCACGAACAUCGUGAAGAAGAAGAACCUGCAGGACAGGGAUCUGCCCCUAGCGCACUCGCGCAUCCGCGACGAGGUUUGCUACAAGUUCGGCGAAGAGGACCAGCGUGCCUGCCACAUGUUCCUGAAGCACUACGGUGACGAUUUGGAGGAUAUGCUGAGCAGCAGGAAGAGGCUGAGCUCCGACGAGAUCUGCGACCGUCUCGACGUGACCGACCUCACGGACUACACGGCCGCGUCGGCCGGCGUGCUGGGCGCCGUGGGCUCCAAGAUGAGCGACAUGGCCAAGACCGUGUACGAGAAGGGCGAGGACCUGGCCGAGCGGGCCAUGGGCAAGACCCGCGACGCCGAGGGGUGGGUCGUGGAGAAGGGCGAGCGCGCCUGGGAGGGCAUCAAGGACAUGGGCGGCCGAGCCAAGGAGGAGGCCCGCGAGGACAUCGACGACAUGAGCGACAAGGCCCGUCGCACGGGCCGCCAGGUGCGGGACUCGGCCCAGCGCCGCAGCCGCGACCUCAAGGAAGAAGCCGACGAGCUGUGGGAGGAGGGCAAGGAGAAGAUGCGCGACGUCGGCGACCAGGCCCGCAUGAAGCGCCGCCAGUCGCAGGAGUGGCUGAGCGAGGAGGGCAAGGACCUGCGCCGCAGCGCGCGCGACCUCAAGGACAACGUCAAGGACAAGGCCGACGCCGCGGGCCGCAAGCUGCGUGAGAGCGGCGAGUACGUGGUCGACGCCGCCAAGGACAAGGCCCAGCGCGCCGGGAAGACUCUCAAGGAGACCGAGGAGGACCUCAUGCGCAAGGGCGAGGAUCUGGGCUACAAGGCCCGCAGGAAGAGCCGCGACAUGGGCGACUCGAUGCGCGAGGCCAAGGAGGACGCCAAGGAGUCGCUCGAUGAGGCCAGGCGCCUGGGCAAGAAGAAGUCCCGGGAGCUCAAGUACGAAGGCGAGGACAUCGCCAACCGCAUGAAGCGCGCGGGCGAACGCACCAAGGCCCAGCGCGAGGAGGAGGAGGGCGUCAUGGACAAGCUCGGCGACAAGAUCAACGAGCUCAAGACCGACGCCGCCGAGUGGUGGCGCGGCACCACCCCCAGCCACAGGAACAAGGACAACUAG